AUGAGGAAGCUGAAUCCAGCUUUAGAAUUCAGAGACUUUAUCCAAGUUCUAAAAGACGAAGAUGACUUAAUCGAAAUUACUGAAGAGAUAGAUCCAAAUCUAGAAGUAGGUGCAAUCAUGAGGAAAGCGUACGAAUCUCACUUACCAGCUCCAUUAUUCAAAAAUGUCAAAGGUGCUUCGAAAGAUCUUUUUAGCAUUUUGGGUUGUCCAGCCGGUUUGAGAAGUAAGGAGAAAGGAGAUCAUGGUAGAAUUGCCCAUCAUCUAGGGCUUGACCCAAAGACAACGAUCAAGGGAAUCAUAGAUUAUUUGCUGGAAUGUAAGGAGAAGGAACCGCUUCCCCCAACUACUGUUCCUGUGUCAUCCGCGCCUUGCAAGACACAUAUACUUUCCGAAGAUAAAAUCCAUCUACAAAGUCUGCCAACGCCAUAUUUACAUGUUUCAGACGGUGGAAAAUACUUGCAAACGUAUGGGAUGUGGAUUCUACAAACUCCAGACAAAAAAUGGACUAAUUGGUCAAUUGCUAGAGGUAUGGUUGUAGAUGACAAACAUAUCACUGGUCUGGUAAUCAAACCGCAGCACAUUAGACAGAUUGCCGACUCUUGGGCAGCAAUUGGCAAAGGAAAUGAAAUUCCUUUCGCUUUAUGUUUUGGUGUUCCCCCAGCGGCCAUUUUAGUUAGUUCCAUGCCAAUCCCUGAAGGUAUUUCUGAAUCGGAUUAUGUGGGCGCAAUCUUGGGUGAGUCAGUUCCAGUAGUAAAAUGUGAAACUAACGAUUUAAUGGUUCCUGCAACGAGUGAGAUGGUAUUUGAGGGUACUUUAUCCUUAACAGAUACACAUCUAGAGGGCCCAUUUGGUGAGAUGCAUGGAUAUGUUUUCAAAAGCCAAGGCCAUCCUUGUCCAUUGUAUACUGUCAAAGCUAUGAGUUACAGAGAAAAUGCUAUUCUGCCUGUAUCGAACCCAGGUCUUUGUACGGAUGAAACUCACACCUUGAUUGGUUCACUAGUGGCUACUGAGGCCAAGGAGCUUGCUAUUGAAUCCGGCUUGCCAGUUCUCGAUGCCUUUAUGCCGUAUGAGGCUCAGGCUCUUUGGCUUGUCUUGAAGGUGGACUUGAAAGGGCUGCAAGCAUUGAAGACCACACCUGAAGAGUUUUGCAAGAAGGUCGGUGAUAUCUACUUUAGGGCAAAAGUUGGAUUUAUCGUCCAUGAAAUAGUCUUAGUUGCAGAUGAUAUCGACAUAUUUAACUUUAAAGAAGUCAUCUGGGCCUAUGUUACAAGACACACGCCUGUUGCAGACCAGGUGGCCUUUGACGAUGUCACUUCUUUUCCUUUGGCUCCCUUUGUUUCGCAGUCAUCUAGAAGUAAGACUAUGAAAGGUGGAAAGUGCGUUACUAAUUGCAUAUUUAGACAGCAGUAUGAGCGCAGCUUUGACUACAUCACUUGUAAUUUUGAAAAGGGAUAUCCAAGUGAAUUAGUUGAUAAAGUGAAUGAAAAUUGGAAGAAGUAUGGAUACAAAUAA